GAGCUGCCUUAGGGACUGUAAUCCUAAUACAGGGCACAUGCAUAGAGGAGAAUCUGCCAGUGCUAGAGAGCAGGAAGUUAUAUUUGAGCAGCCACUGACUGACCAUUUACAUGUAACUGCAAGCAGCCAGCAGCAAGAAACAUACAGGAGACUGUUUGCAACAAGUUCAAGAAACGUGCCUAGCAGGACUAUGCUAAGACUGUUCAAGUUAUAACGUAAUCAUCAAGCUUUUGUGCCUGGUCUUUAGACCAAGAGACUCCUAGAGGAUUGAUGACCCCAUUCAUUGCGAACAGAAAUGCCAAUACAGCUCUUAUUGGACAUUUAGAAGGCAUCCUGCAUCAUUCUAGAAUCUAUUUUUUUUUCUCCACAAUAAAGUGCUUCCAAACAUCCAUAAUUAUAAAAGAAUCUCAAUAUAUUAUUGAAAAAGGGCAAGGAACUGUUCUUGGAAAAUAAAGAACUAGUACUCGUGACUUAAGAAUCUUUUCAUCUACAACAAAUAACAAAAAAUAAAAAAUGCAUGCUUUUUUAAAGUUCACCCAAAGACAUCCAUGGUUUACAAAUGUGACAAUUUACGGCUCUCUUUUUGGCUCCGCUGAUAUCGUACAGCAAAAACUCUCUAAAGGACCAAAUGGGCAACUAGAUUGGAAGCAGACUGCUAAAGUUGGCAUUGUGGGCUUUUGCUUUCAUGCCAAUUUUAACUUCUUUUGGCUACGAUUUAUAGAACGAACAUUUCCAGGAUCUGCUCCAAAGAAUGUCAUAAGGAAAGUGGCAUGCGACCAGUUAAUGGCUGCACCUAUAACGAUCAGCGCUUUCUUCACUGGUUUAAGUCUUCUGGAGGGUGAUGAGGACAUCUUUAAAAACCUUAAAGAGAAAUUUUGGCCAACUUAUAAGACUGGAAUAUUAUGCUGGUCCGUAUUUCAGACAAUAAAUUUCAGCAUUAUACCUCCUGUCAUCAGAACUGCCUACAUCGGGGUAUGCGCUUUUCUGUGGACUACAUUUCUCUGCUAUAUACGUAAUCGAGACAUUGAUCAGGUGACGGCAAGAUUUCUUCAGGCCAUUCCAAUAAUUGGCAAUAAAAUGAUCAAUGAAAAAACAAAAGAUAAAGACAGAAAGGAGAAAUGAAUUCUGUUGCAAUGCUGCCAAUCCUGUGGGUUACAAUUUUAAACCUAGUCCUUCAUUUUGUAGAAGCAACAUGUCCUGGUGUAAACAAAAUGAUUCUGAGAACAAUCCAGACACAAUAAUAUCAUCUCACUAAUACUAAAGGCUGUGUUCUCACAUUCACGCUUUUGUUAUGUUUUUCUUUUGUUUAUAAAAUCAGAACCUAUACUGUGUAGAUAUGCACAUGCAUUUUUCAAACUGAUAUUUGACUGCAGAUCAAAAACACAAAUGUGUUCAUAGAUUCUUCCUGUCCCCAUAGAUCAUUGUCAUAAAUUAGAAGCACAUUAUAGACACUCUUCAAGGGACUGAGCAGAUAGCUUAUAGGGAGAGAAAACGACAUUGUAAUUAGGACAUGAGACUAAAGAUUUAUGCAUAUGCAGAGGUGGGCUUAUGGGUGCGCAGAUGAAGAAGGCAGGAAAGCUCGGAAAGGCGGCUCCCGUCUUCCUUGCACAAAGAGACAUAUUUGCAUACUAGCAACACAUCCUGUACUCAGAAACGGCUGGAUCAAUUUUUGUAAGUAACACUUUUUUUUACUCUGCACUAAAACGCUGUAUAUUGUGUUUAUGGGGGCGAACCAGAUGUCAGUUUCCCUUUUAAGUCUCAUAGAAGCAUUCUCCCUCCCCCACCACCCUGUUUGAUAGAUGCACAAGGUUAAAGGGGUACUCCGCUGCUCAGCUGCCACACCCCCUCCCAUAGCCUUGCAUCGAGGGGUGGGGGCGUGACAUCAUGAGGGGGCGGGGUUAUGACCUCACAAGCUCCCGGCGUCUGCUCCAGCGUUUGGAACAGUUUGUUCCAAAUGCUGAGCAGCGGAGUACCCCUUUAAGCUUUCAGCACGGAAACUUUUUCAUCCAUCAUGUAGAUCAGGGGUGGGCGGGGGGAGGUGGCAUGCAUUCUGCAGCUCAGCCUGGUCUUCACGACUCCUGAGAAGAAAAAUAUGAUUUUAUAACUUUGCAAACAGUCAUCUGCUAAUGAACAGACAUCAUUUGUUUUAUUCUCUAUCACAUAUGCCCAUGUCUGCAGCUCUGAUCAUGAUACUUAAAGGGGUACUCCGGUGAAAACCUUUUUUCUUUUAAAUCAACUGGUGGCAGAAAGUUAAACAUAUUUGUAAAUUAUCACAAAUGAAGAAGUCAGAAAUAAAGUCGCACUCACUCAAAUCUUCAGCAACGUAGAAGUCUUUAUUGCAUAUAUUCGGAGCUGAACAAUCAAAAGUCCAUGGUGGGGAGCGAGAGUCAGCCGGCUCUCCUGACGUGGGACACACCUGUGGGAGCGACUAGUUUCACGUCACGUGGGACGCUUCUUCCGGCUCAGUUACCUGAGUGCAACUUUAUUUCUGACUUCUUCAUUUGUGAUACUAUCUAUACCACUUGGACACUCACUAGUCAGCACCCUCAGAUACAGCGUUACUUCGGAAGAUACUUUUGAGUCUUGCUGCAUGGUGUGAACUACACCUAUACACUGUGUUAAUGAUCUGACAGCAUAACGCCCAUAGUGCAGUGCCUGGACUUUCUACCUUGCUAUCGUCUCUAACAGAUAUUUGUAAAUUACUUCUAUUAGAAAAUCUUAAUCCUUCCAGUACUGAUUAGCUGCUGAAUGAUACAGAGGAAAUUCCUUUAUUUUUGGAACACUGAUGACAUCACGAACACAGUGCUCUCUGCUGACAUAUCUGUCCAUUUUAGCAACCAUGCAUAGCAGAUGUAUGCUAAGGGCAGCAUGGUGGCUCAGUGGUUAGCACUGCUGCCUUGCAGUGCUGGAGACUUAGGUUCAAAUCCCACUAAGGACAACAAUAAAUAAAGCGUUAUCAUUAUUAUAAUAACAUCAGCAGAGAGAACUGUGGUCUUGAUGUCAUCAGAGAGCAUUCCAAAAAGAAAAGAAUUUCCUCUGUAGUAUUCAGCAGCUAAUAAGUACAGGAAGGAUUAAGAUUUUUUAAUAGAAGUAAUUUACAAAUAUGUUUCACUUUCUGCCACCAGUUGAUUUAAAAGAAAAAAGGUUUUCACCAGAGUACCUAUUUAAAGGUGAAUGAGCAGUUACUCCUCUGCCAACUGCUAACUUCACUCAUUAUGGGUGAAAUGUAUCAAAACUUGUGCAGUAGGACAGGGGAGCUGGUAAGAUUCCAGCUUUUUUUUUUUUUUUAGAGGCCUUUUAAAAAGGAAAGUAACAAUCUGAAUGGUUUCUAUGGGCAACUAUCCUACUGUUCUUCUGUAAAAGUUAUUAUAAAUCCUAUUUUAUAAAAACAAGUACAGUUUGUACAUAUUUCAGUUCCCAUUUUAGCAGUCAGCAAGAUCAGAGGUCCAGGGAACAUAAAAAGGUUAUAGUUUCUUUUUUUUUUAUUAACACAGAUUUUGCACUAAUUUUUUGCACAAAAUUAUUAAUAAUGUGAACCACUUGAACACACUCUAUAAUGAAUGCCACCAAGUGCAUUCCUGGUCCUUACUCUGAUAUGAAGGCCAUUCAAGUAAGGACCAGGAAGUGUGUACAGGUGAUUCUAGCAUUUAUAAGGAAAAGCAAUAAAUUGGUGUAUAUCACAUGUGAGGUCCUGUGUUUGUAUUGGGUUCAGGAGUCCACAUAUAGCUUGUAUCAGGCAUCUAUUCUACAAGUCUCAUACAAUCCCCUCUGUAAUGCACUUAACACAUCUCUAUACACUAUCUUGUGAAUCCUAAAGUACUUUAAAUACAAACUAUAUUUUGUGAAUAAUAUUCAACAACAUAUAAUGUAACAUUUUUAUUGAGUCUUUUGCAUAUUACUGGCACACAGUUCUUAGUGUAAUAUACUGAUAUACACUGACAGAGAUAUGAUUCUAAUAAUGAUAAUAAUGUAUUAUGAUUAAAUAAGGUUACAAUUUGUUUUAGAAAUAUUGUUUUGGGCACAUUAGGAAAUUAGUUUAUUCAAUCUUCUAGGUUAUUUGUUGUGUACAUUUGUUAAUUUCAACCAAUCAUCCAAUGAAAUGUCAGAGAAUAUGAAAUCCAAAAACAUGGGUUGGAACUGAAAACAAGAAGCAGUCAUCAGAUGUAUCUGAUAGAUUUAUAAUAAAAUAUAUUUAGAAAUAAUGGAGAUAAUAAACUAGAAAGACUUACAGUAUGUGACCAAAGCUAAAAUAGUUAGAACAAUUAAUAGUGAUCCAGGAAAAUUGGGCUAGCAAGCAGAUGAAAAAGUGGGUGAUUUGGACAGCCACCAACUUUAAAAUUCACUGGGUCAGGUGAAUUAGGGGGUUGGGCCAUUUGAUCGCUGACCGGGCCUCCCUGGCUUCCAGGCCCAAUAGCAGGGGCGUACCCUAUCUCUAUGGUAGAUAAGCCACUGGUCUGCAGGUUAUUAUUUAGCAUUUUAAAGAAUCUUUCCUAGCCAGUCAGUGUAAAUGUUUUUCCACAGUUUCACUAAAAAUACUGAAGAUUUUUGUAUCAGUUUUUGAGUUUUACAUUUCUUAUAAUAGUAACUGUUUUAUGAUCACAAACAACUUGUAAAUUGAUUGUCAGACCCCACUUUUGGAACAGAUAUGUAGAAUGUGAACAGUCAUGAUGACCUGUGAUUUUUAGGACAUUGCUUGUUACUGUUUACAUAUACAUUUGAAAAAUGUGAUGUUUUCUGGAAUAAUGUGAAUAAUAAACAAUACAAUUGUU